AUGGCCGGGGGGAAAGAGGGCAGCAGGCCGCCCGAGGCCUCCCCGCCUGCGGAUGCGGCGGCCGACGAGGGCGGCGGCGGCGGCGGUGCCCAGCGGCCCCCGUCGCCGCCUCGGCUACCCAGGCUGGGCCUGGCCUUGGCCUUGCUGGCGGCCGGGCUGGCCGUGAAGCACUACCGGGACUCGGAAGCGGCCCGCCGGCAGGAGAUGGCCCUGAAUUCUCUGGGAAAUGAAGGUCUUUUUCUGUUCUCUUCCUUGGAUACAAACAAUGACUUGUACAUCAGUCCUGAGGAAUUCAAGCCAAUUGCAGAGAAGCUAACCGGCAUUGUCCCUGUCUCUGACAUUGAGGAAGAAGAGGUGCUGGAUCCCAAUGGGGAGACCCUCUCUGUCGUUGCAAAAUUCCAGCCCUUGCUAAUGGAAACCAUGACAAAGAGCAAGGAUGGUUUCCUCGGAAUUUCCCACGUGGCCCUUUCUGGGCUUCGCAACUGGACGGUUCCCGCUUCCCCUCUGAGCGUGAUGUUUGCCCGGCAAUUCAAGGCCUUCCUUCCCCCAAAGAAUAAGCUGGAACUUGCUGAUCCUUGGUGGGUAAUUCCCAGUGAACUAAACAUCUUCACUGGAUACCUUCCCAAUAACCGUUUUUACCCUCCAGCUCCAAAGGGCAAAGAGAUCAUCGUUCACAAGCUCUUGAGUAUGUUCCACCCCCGGCCGUUUGUGAAAUCUCGCUUUGCUCCCCAAGGAGCUGUGGCCUGCAUUCAAGCUGUUGCUGAGUUCUACUACAAGAUAGCUUUCAGAAUCCAUGCAGAGUUCCAGUUGAACGAGCCUCCAGAUUUCCCAUUCUGGUUUUCUCCUGCCCAGUUCACAGGCUACGUUAUCCUCUCCAAGGACUCCUCCCAUGUUCGAGAAUUGAAGCUGUUUGUCCCUAAUAACAGGUCUCUAAAUGUAGACAUGGAAUGGCUGUAUGGUGCCCUAGAGAACAGCAACAUGGAGGUGGAUAUAGGAUACUUACCUCAGAUGGAGCUGGAGUCUGUGGGGCCAUCAAUCCCUUCGGUGAUUCAUGAUGAAAAUGGAAAUGUGAUUGACAGCAGAGAAGGGGACCCAAUUCAGUUCAUAUUUGAAGACAUUACCUGGCAACGAGAAAUAAGAUGGGAAGAGGCAGCUGGCAAACUGGAAGUUGCCAUGUAUCCAUUUAAGAAAGUUUCCUACCUUCCCUUUACCCAAGCUUUUGAGAGAGCGAAAUCUGAGAGUAAACUCAUUCACUCCAUAUUGUUGUGGGGCGCACUAGAUGAUCAGUCCUGCUGAGGUUCAGGGCGAACUCUCCGGGAAACAGUCCUGGAAAGUUCGCCCAUCCUUGCUUUCCUGAAUGAGAGUUUCAUCAGUACCUGGUCAUUGGUGAAAGAGCUGGAGGAUUUACAGGUGAAGAGAGACAAUGAGGUCAACAGCAAACUUGCUGACCUGCACCUUGAAAAAUAUAACUUCCCUGUGGAGAUAAUGAUUUGUCUUCCCAAUGGCACUGUGGUCCACCACAUCAAUGCCAACUACUUCCUGGAUAUUACUUCUAUGAAGCCUGAAGAAGUUGAGAGCAGCAUCUUUAGUUUCUCUGCCAGUUUUGAAGAUCCCUCAACAGCAACCUAUCUUCAGUUCCUGAAGGAAGGACUUCAGAGGGCAAAGCCAUUCCUACAGGCCUAAAUAGAGAGGCAAAUUAAUGCCAUGCUGUUGAUCACCAAAGAUAUAAGAGUUCUUGUUUCUGGCACUCCUUGAGCUCAUGCAUGACACAGUAUUUAACAGUAAAAUGCUGUCCUUGAAUGAAAAGGCUCUAGACAUGUAAGUGCUUCUUGAAAAUACCAAACUGAAACAUUGGUACAUUACAUUAUUUUCAGGACCCCUGUUGGAAGGACCUGAAUGUAUGUUUCUCUUACUUACUGGCACGUUGUGAGACUUCUGUGAAGUAAGUUAUCAGACUGCCAGCACUAGAGGUUGAGAACGGUGAAGCACAAAGGUCUGAUCUGGAUUGUGGUGUAAAGCCAGCAAGUUGGACCUCAAGUAAAGUCUAAAUUCCUUUGGUGUGGAUCCCCUUAGUAAAAUGUUUGGGCGCUGCUGUGUCGAUUCACGAAUGAGAUGCCAUCUUUUCGUAUCAGCUCUGGAAUCUGGUCCCUUUCAAGGCCCUGAAUUGUUUGUAUGUAGUUAAGGCUUCACAUUUAGAACUUUUGUUUUGCGAAGCACCAUUUGGCGUCAGGUGACCUCAGUAGCUCCCAGAUACCUUCAAGUUCAGAGCCUACAUGGAUGCUGCAAGGCAAAACCUGUGUUACACUCCCACUGAUGUCUGCAGGGUUGCUUAGGUUGGUGCUGAUGCAUAGCUGCAACAUAAGCAAGGAAAUCCUUUAAACAUUUUUGCGUUUUUACUGUAGGCCACCAAAGGCUCUGCUGUUUUCUUCUUUAUCCUCAGCUAUUACUGGGGGGCAGGGGGAGAUUUAGUCCCAGGGCAUCCAGUUGUUGACCCUUAGUAUACUUAAAUCAGUGUCACCUCAGUCAAGAAAAUAUCAGUUGUUGUUUUCAAGUACAUGCAACAAACUUCCCCAACUGGUGCCCUUCAGAUGUGUUGAACUAUAACUCCCAUCACCCACAGCCAGCAUAGCUGUUGUGGUCCAACACAUCUGGAGAAGACCAGGUUGAGGAAGUCUGAUGUACAAUAUAAGUGGAAUUCAUUCACAACGAUCAUGUCUCUGCCCAAAACCUCAAAUAUUAGCUGUGGGUGGUUUUACAUGACUGUUCGUCUAGCCAAAAACAAACAAAAAGGAAGUUUGCAUUCAACUGAGAGCAGAAUCAUUCAUUUUAUUAUAUCAUAUAAUAAAAGAAUUAGUUAAAUUUUCUUUUCAUUCACUCACUCUAAUACCCCUUGGCAGUGUUUCUCAAACUUUUUGACUUUUGCAGUUAUUCUUAGCUUGUGGCCCUCCUAACCCAUCACCAACAACAUGGAGAUUUGUGUGUGCUGGAUUUGUAGACUGGGCUAUUAAUUCAAUGUUAGAAGACGAAAACCAUAGGACAUCCCUGAUGCUCCUCCUAAAAUUACAUGCAGGCAACUAUAGUUAGAACAAAGCAGCUGCUCUUCCUGUGCAUCUUUCUUCCCAGGUCAGGUUGGGGCAAUACAUGUUGGGGAAGAAUCAUAGCUCAGUGCCAGAGUGCAUACUUUGCAUAGGAAAAGGCCUAGGUUCAAUGCCUGGUAUCUCCAGCUAUAAAGAAUCUCAGGUAAAUUGGUCAGGAGAAUGAUCCUUCUCCACAUGAGCCCAUGGAGCUAACGUCAGUAAGACAGAGCUGGGCUCUGACCUGGUAUAAGGCAGCUUCCUAUCUAAUGUGGGUCUUCUACUAGGGGGCAUUAAUUCCAGUCGAGUCUCAGCAGGGGUUGAGGGACUUUGGAACAUUUCUAUCCCAGGCGCUGUUCUUUCAUGAAACUUCAUGCCCCCUUUAGGUUCCCCACACCCUCAAGUUUGAGAACCACAGUCCAGGGAUGAAUAGUUGAGGAACACACCUUAUAGGGUGCAGGGUCAAGAGUGAUACGAAACAGAUGGAAAGCAGAGACAGAAGACACAGGGUGAAAGGUUGGUCAAGAACAGCUAUAUGGGAGUGGGGUGGGGGAAGGACAAGUAAUUCAACCACUUGCAGUCAGUUCAGAUGUUGUUUUUUUACAGGUAUGUGCAAAAUGUUUUAACAUGUCCCUAUAAAACAGUGAUAUGUGCACAUGGCAGAUGCAUGUUUCCAGCUGAAUGUGUCAUAUGGGUGGUAAAAAUUGCCACGGCCCCCUGCCACGUAAUGCAUGGCACACCCAAGUUUGUCACUACAUUUGUCAGGUUCUGGGGAAACAGGAUAUUUUCUUCCAAAAUCACCAAAGAAAAAGAAACUUCUGUGUAUCUUUCAUUUGGUCUCCUGUAGUAAUGCCUGGAGCUUCCCUUUAUUCCUAGUAAAAAGAAAGCACUUUCAUUUAUUUAUUUAUUACAUUUAUAUACCGCCCCCAUAGCUAGAGCUCUCUGGGUGGUUUACAUCCAUGGGGCAAGAUUAAACUGUUAUGCUGCUUACACAUACAUAGAGAACGAUCAGAUUUAAACGUUUUGUAUUCCAGUUCCAAACUUUCUGUGCUGCCUUUAACAUAUGUGAUAUGUAGCCCAAUACUAUGCCUGUCUACUCAGAAGUAACAUUCAGUGGACAUACUCCACCAAAGUGUAUAGGACUGCAGCCUUAUAGGGCAAUCCUGUUUAUUCAGAAUUAUAUCCCACUGUGUUUAGUGGGUUUUACUCCAUAAUAAGUGUAUUUAGAAUUGUAGCCUUAGGGUGUUACAGACAGGGUGAUAGGGAAAGGACUCUGUGCUUGCAAACCCUUCUAGAGACUGAAGGCAGAUCUUUCAAAUUAUACCCAUGGAACACAAGAAGAACCAUGCUGGAUCACACCAAGGGCCUAUCUAGUCCAGCAUUCUGUUAACAUAGUGACAAACCAGCUGCCCACAAAAAACUCACAAGUAGGACAUGAGUGCAACAGCACCCUCCCACCCAUGUUCUCCAGCAACUGGAAGUCGGUGGUCUCAAACUGUGUUCUUAAGGGAGCUUAUUUGGGGUUCCUCAGUGUGAAGAUCAGUAAUAGUGGGGAAGGAGUCCUAAAAGACAGAUUAGGCUACUAAUCUUCACAGGCUAUGUACAGCUACAAGGGGUUUGUUAAGUACAGGGUCCCGUGGCACACUACACAAACAGUGUGCACACCUAGAAUCCUCUGCAAAUGGGAAGGGGGUUCAAGACAGAUGUUCAAGUGUUACUUGGCAAACCCGUUGCUGGCUCUCUGAAGCUAGAAAGUUUGAAAAGCACUGGUUUACAAGCGUAAACAGGAUUUGAUAUGCCCCCUGAUUACAUGAUGAAGUCGCCAUAAUUCUCCUUGAACCAUAAAAUGUCAGUGUUGUACACUAUUGUUUCUCAUGUUUUUUGGUUGCUUGAAAGAGUGGAACAUUUUGAUCCUCUCCUCUGGCUGUAUUUUUUUAGUUCCUUGCAAAAUUUGCAGUGUUUAAAACAAGCAAACAAAUGAGAAAUCAUCAAGAAAAACAUAUACAGUCCAAGAUGUGAACUUGGAAAAUUAUACUUUGGGGGAUAAGUGUGAGGGCCUCAGUUGGGAAAGAGUUGCUCUUUCCCGUGUCUCCUAUUGAUUUUAAAAUAAAAUCUUUUCUUUCCCCAUGAAUGUUUUAUACUUCUGGCAGUUGAAUGGCAGUGCUUUUUCCAAAUGAUAGAGCAAAGAGGCCAUCAGUGGUAAGCCAUCAAAGCAGUCACUUGGCACAGUCAGAUAAGGUGCCUGACAAUGUUUUUUGUUCCGAGAAGCACAGCCUAUUUCAUCAUUCAUUUGAUGGACCACAUUUUAAGAAGAACAGCUUUUAAGGCUGGCCCUUUCCCCCUCGUUUCCUUAUUUCUCAUAUAUUCCAGCAUUAAUUUUACAAAAAAACCUUGUGUGGAAUUUAAACUUCAUCAGGUACUUUCACACUAGGCUACAUGCGCAUUACAAAAUUCAAUUCAGCAGGUUUUGGUGGGGUUUGCAAGCAGUAUUCAUAUCUCUCAAUAGUGUUAUUAUUUAAUCACCUUCUGCAAACGGAAUGUGAGCCAACAGCUAAACAUCAGCAUUUCUGGUCUGAAAAGAGCAUGUUUCUGCUUAGGCUGGCCUUUUCAACAAAAUGUAAGACUAGACCGCCAGAAUGCUUUUCAGUUGAUGUUCAGCUGGCAGCUGCUUCAGAACACUAAACUUGUUUAGAAUUGCAAGGGCUUUUGCAAAAGCUGAUGAUUAGAAAAGUUAUGUUGUGGUUUUAUUAACUUUUCCCUACUUAAAUAUUAUCAAAAAUAAAAAUGGGGAGGAAUUAAUUAUACCCCACACUAUUUGGUAACAGAAAUUUUCCUCAGUGGGGCACAUGGCAGCUGAGACCUGGGGGAUUAUGUAUCAGAAAACAGCCUAAGGAAACAGGUUAGCCCCCUACCCUGAUGCCAUGGUUCUAAUCUAAUCCCGACAUUCAAUUUUUAAAAUGGAUUUUCUACUGUUACAUCUACUUUGAUCCUGACAGUCGUACCAGUCUUCCCCCCCGCCCUUACUUCUCUAUUCUGUCUCCUUGUCCCGUCUGUCUUCAACUUAAAAUCCGCAAUGCUAGGGCAAAGGAAGUUUUGUAACAAAUUAUCUCAUCUGAUAGGUUGUGUAAAACUUUUCAGAAAUGAUUUUUUAAAAAUUCUAACCACAGUUCAGCACACUGUGCCUCUCUUCCUUGACAGUUUGUGUGUUUAGAAGCCAGUUGAAAUAGAAGUAGCCUACAAGUGAACUUUUCUUUCCCUUACUUCUUAUUCUUGCCAAGUAACUUCAUAAAACCAGUAAAACUUGUUCACCUGCUUCAGGCCCUCUGACAGCACAGUAAGUCCUCCUUACUCUUGCAGAUGGGUAAGAAGGGUCUUUUUUGUUUCAGGUGCUCUGUUUAAGGGUCUUCUUUGUUUCAGGUGCUCUGAUAUUGUAGAGCCCAAUAGGCCCUGCUGCUAGCCAGCUUGAUCUCACAUUCCAAAGCCUUUGGGCCCAGGGCCAGCCCUGCCAUACAGCAGGGUGAAACAAUCUGUUUAAGGCGACUUCACUAUCCUCUCCUCCCUGCAGCCACCUGCAUGCACCCCAGAUCUGAUCCCGUGAGUCUCCCAAAUCUCAAACAGAUUUGGGAAAAUCCAUUCUGCUUGCGGUUUCCCUCCUACUAGCAGAGGACCAGUGUUGGAUCCAACUCUUAUCAGCCCCUCAUAAUUGCCAAUGGUUGGGAAGAUGGGGGUUGUAGUCCAACAAUAGCUAGAAGGCCAGAAGUUCCCCAACCCUGAGUUAAAGUAUACUGGGCUGGAUACUAGAGCUGACCCACUGAAAUCAAAGGGUCUUCUCUAAGUAUGACUAAAUCUGGAUCCUUCUCAUUGUUUCUGAAUAUGAAGUUUGUGCUUUUGCGUAUUGCAGAACUUUUUUUUUUUUGUAUCAAUCCAUUCUUAUAAAACUGCAUUUAUGUUAAUAAUGACUCUCAUAACCGUCUGUGGUGAUGAAAUCCAUGGGUGCACUAGGCAUUAAAGUAAUUUAAUGCACAUUAUAAUAAUGGAAUCAUAAAAAUUAGAAUGUGCAAGUAAGACCCCCUUUUUACUGAGCCAAUUUCUAUUCGUGUGAGCAUAGUUGCUGCUGUUGCUUUUAAUCUUCACAGACAUAAAUGAAUGUACUGCUUUCUCCAUGUUUUAAUUUAAAAGAAAAAAAUAAAUUAAGCAUGAUCAGAUUAAAUCUGUAAAUGAAGGAUAAAUGAAAGAGAUGUGUUCAAGCGCUUUCACAGCUCUCAGGAAAUGAUAAAACCUUUGCUCGUCAGGUUGUCUACUGGCUUUUCCCAGGCAAAAGGUGGUGGGACUCUGCAGGCACAGACUAAUGGGCCCAGAUGACUUUCCCCCAAGAAGUGCUUUCUCUAUGGCGGAAUGAUUUCUCGGCAUUCCUAACCACUAAAUAUAAUUGCUGCUGGAAAAUAGGAAUCUCUGCCCCAACUGGGGUGAUUUAAUCUAGGACUUUGUAUGCAAAGUCCUUUGUAUGCCACUGAAAACUGGCCUCUUCCCUGUUUGCUGUAGAGAUUGUGGUUGCACUAGUUUCAGACACCAGUUGGAUUGUGCCCUUGAUAUAACUGCGCGCUCUCGCUCUCUCACACACACACAUACACACCUUGCAUAUGUUUUGAAUGUUCCCUGUCAUUAACCCUUUAACGUUUUAAAAUCUUGUGUUUACAUGAAGUUGGAGGCUUUUAGUGUUCUUCCUGUCUAGUUCUCAUUCUUCAACCUGUAUUAGGACCUCCUGCCCCUUGCAAAUAGUUAACCCUACCCUUGCCAUUUGCUCUGGCUUGCUCAAGUGUUAAAAAAAAUACCACUUACAAUUAUAUAAAUAAUAUAGGAUCUCCCUGAGAAAGCGCCUUCCAUCUGCAAAGGCCUCUGAAACAACAAUCCUAUAUCCACAUAUCUGAGAGUAAGCCCCAUUGAACUUAAUAGGACUUGCUUCUGAGGAGAAAUGGACAGGAUUGCGUCAGAAAUCGCCAACAGGCACUUUUGUGUGACAAAUUCAUCUAUUCUAGUUUUGAGCCAUGGACUUUAAAAAAAAUGUUGUGUCUUAACUUUUCUAAAAAACAACAACUGUGCCAGGCUUUUCCUAUUUAUAUUCUCUAUAUAUUUCAAGAAUUUUAUAGCUAUUUUGAUAACUCCAAAGAGAGGAAAAUUGAAAGAGGGAUUUUUUUUCUCCCUGUUCAUCUGUUCUUUGUGACGGUCUGACCUUAAAUCAAGAAUGGGUCAUGCCUGAUUUCUGACAGGUGCCUCUUGAAGAAAAAGAAUCACUUUCAUUUCAUUCUCUACUUUUUUAAUGGUUACUGUUUGAAAAAAAUAUUUUUUUGCAAAGUGUUUACUUUUUAGAGGUAGUUUACUGUAACGUGAGCUUUCUCCAAUGCUGUACGUUCUCUGUUACAUUGGGAAUGUUUCAAACCUAAUCAGUGUUACUAAUCAUAAAUUAUAUUAGAAGAGCUUUGCUGGACAUUUUUGUUCUGGUAUUGAAGAAUUUAAGGAUUACUUAAAAUGUAGAAAAUAUGUCAGUAUUAUGAUGAUCUACUUAUUUUUAAAGUUUUUUUUUUUAAAAAAAACUAACUGGCUAAUAUUUCAUAUAUUUAUUGUCUUAACCUCCAUUAUCCCCACUCCAAAAUUGUUCUGGUCACUUUGAAAUUGAACUGAUGUAUUUGAGUAUGAUGAUUGUUAUUCACUACAGUGAAAAGACUUGAUAUGUUUAUCCAAGUGCUCAUUUCAGUAACACAGGUCUACCUAUAGUAACAUACUGCCCAGUUUAGCUAGUGUUAGCUCAGUGUUUUAUCAAAAUGUCAUGAGUAUAUUCUUGUAAGAAAUGUCUUCAAUGCUGCCUCCUGUAAUAGCUUAGCUCACUGUUUUUAGUAAUAAAAAAUGGAGAACCCAAA